UUUGGUGUUUCAUGCUGUUCAGGCUCAUGGCAGUGCUCCCUUUGAACUCUGUGGUUUGUAGUUCUCACCACUUGAUCAGAAUGAAGUGGAAUGCAAUGGUUUGUCUAUACUGUGGCUCAGGAACAGUGUAUGUAACAGGACCUGUGCUGAUAUGAACCAGUUGAUGCUUGGACAUCGCUGCAUGGUCUCCCAAAGGUCUGACAUGUAUUUUGCUGAGUCCUUCCAUCAAUGAAACCUGUGCUGCCUGCUUCUAGAUGAAAGCAAAUAAUGUAAGUCCAGUUGAAAGACAAGACAGUAGCCUUUUGCAGAAAGACAAGAUGAACUGAACAGCGAGAUUCAGGUAUGCAGAAGUUGUAACCAAUAUCCUGAACCUUGCCAAAGGGAGUUCUGUUGGACAAGAGGAGAAUGAUGGCAAAAGAGUUUGGUAUAUUUUUGCUCCCACCUUCCUCUUAUGAAAGAACAGGACAUCUGUGGGAGAGUUAUCCCUGGUGGGGGACUUGAUGGAGAGUACCAACCAGUCUUUGUGUGAAAACACUCUGCACUCCUCAGCACUAACCUGUGAUCUGCAUCCUUGGAGCCUCUGCCUCAAUGGGUCCAGUCAUGCCUCCCAGCAAGAAGCCGGAGGGCUCAGGAAUCAGCGUUCCCAGCGGACUGAGCCAGCGGUACCAAGAUAGCGAUUUGUCAAAGGCACUUCACGAUGACGAGGACCUAGAUUUCUCUUUGCCUGCCAUCAGAUUAGAUAAAGGGGCCAUGGAAGAUGAAGAACUAACUAACUUGAACUGGUUACACGAGAGCAAGAAUUUGCUGAAGAGCUUUGGGGACUCGGUGUUACGAAGCGUCAGCCCCGUUCAGGACAUUGGUGAUGACACGCCUCCGUCCCCCGCCCAUUCGGACAUGCCCUACGAUGCCAAGCAGAACCCCAACUGCAAACCUCCUUACUCCUUUAGCUGCCUCAUAUUUAUGGCCAUCGAGGACUCGCCAACCAAAAGACUGCCUGUAAAGGAUAUAUACAACUGGAUUUUAGAACACUUUCCGUAUUUUGCAAACGCUCCUACUGGAUGGAAAAAUUCUGUAAGGCAUAAUCUGUCCUUGAAUAAGUGUUUUAAGAAAGUGGACAAAGACAGAAGUCAGAGUAUUGGAAAGGGGUCCUUGUGGUGUAUAGACCCAGAAUAUAGACAAAAUCUUAUUCAGGCUUUGAAAAAGACACCCUAUCACCCAUACUCGCAUGUGUUCAAUACACCUCCCACAUCUCCUCAGGCAUAUCAAAGCACAUCAGGUCCACCCAUUUGGCCAGGAAGCACCUUUUUCAAGAGAAAUGGAGCUCUUCUGCAAGAUCCUGACAUUGAUGCUGCCACUGCCAUGAUGCUUUUGAAUACUCCCCCUGAGAUACAAGCAGUUCCUCCAGGAGUGAUACAGAAUGGAGCUCGAGUUCUGAGUAGAGGAAUAUUUCCUGGAGCCAGGCCAUUGCCAAUCAGCCCUAUAGGAAGCAUGGCUGUUGCAGUAAGGAAUGGGAUAACAAACUGCCGGAUGCGGACAGAAAGCGAACAGUCUUGUGGCUCCCCCGUUGUUAGCGGCGACCCGAAGGAGGAUCACAACUACAGCAGUGCCAAAUCUUCCAACCACAGGAGCACAUCACCUGCUAGUGACUCCGUUUCCUCUUCCUCUGCUGAUGACCAGUAUGAAUUUGCAACUAAAGGUAGCCAAGACAGCAGUGAAGGAAGUGAAGUCAGCUUCCAGAGCCAUGAGAGCCAUAGUGAAACAGAAGAGGAGGACAAAAAGCAAAAUCGGAAGGAGACCAAGGAUUCUUUAGCUGACAGUGGGUAUGCAUCCCAGCACAAGAAAAGGCAACAUUUAAUGAAGGCGAAAAAAGUACCAAGUGACACACUGCCUCUUAAAAAGAGACGUACUGAAAAGCCCCCUGAGAGUGACGAUGAGGAGAUGAAAGAAGCAGCGGGAUCCCUCCUGCAUUUAGCGGGAAUCCGAUCCUGUUUGAAUAACAUCACCAAUCGGACGGCAAAGGGGCAGAAAGAGCAAAAGGAAACCACAAAAAAUUAGAACAAAUCAAUGAUUUGUUUGAACUUACAAAGUUUUGUUUCAGCACGUCAGGUGAAUUCUAAUGAUUUGUGGCAAUAUCAGCAAUUUUUCCUUUUUCGUUUUUCUUUCUAUUUGGUUUUAUUUCUUUUCUUUUUUUCUUUUUUUCCUUUUUUUUUUUUUUUUUUUUUUGGACCCUUAAGAUUUUUAUUUUUAAAGGAGAUUGAAGCCAUAGAACUCAUACUGACACUCAGCUAAUUUACAAAAGCUUUUCAUUACCCGAAGAGAAAAAGUUAACAACAAAAAAAAAGCCAAAAUCGCCAUUGCUUUCUCCGGCUUGUCAAAAAAUGCAUGGUUGAAUACGCAGUGACAUCAACAUUGUUGUGAUGGGAUAAGAUUGGGCACUUGGAAAUCUCUCUUACACUAGAAGAGAUUGCAUAAUUUAGUAGUCAUUCAGGCCUAGCCCUUAGGAAUUUUUUUAACGGCCUUACAAUUGGGAUGUGAGUGAAUGUGAAGAAAGAGAUUUGGGGGAAAGAGAAGGCGUGUACUUCUCACACCAAACCACAGACCAUCUAGUGGCACUUGGAUUCACCGUGCCGUAGAAGUCUUUGGACAGCCACUGGUGGCAGCUGCGCAUACUGUAAUGCACUUCCAGUGCGUCGUGUACG